CUUUCCGUUCAGACAUGGCGGAAUGUACACUUGUAAUAUCUGUGGUGGUCGUGUAGGAAUAUUUAACCGAAUAGUCCCGUUAUAGUCCUGCUUAUUUUCUUGCCCCAUUUCGAUCAAGCACAGGGGGAAGGUUUCCCCACGUGCACAACUUUCAUUCGGAGAAAGGUGAACAGAGCACGUUGUCAUCAUGGGUCGACGCUCGACUUCUUCCACCAAGAGUGGGAAAUUCAUGAAUCCCACAGAUCAAGCCAGAAAGGAGGCUCGAAAGAGGGAGCUGAAAAAGAACAAAAAACAAAGGAUGAUGGUGAGGGCAGCCGUCCUGAAGAUGAAAGAUCCUAGGCAGAUAAUCCGUGAUAUGGAGAAGCUGGAUGAGAUGGAGUUCAACCCGGUGCAACAGCCACUGUUGAAUGAGAAGGUCCUUCGGGACAAGAGGAAGAAGCUGAGGGAGACAUUUGAGCGCAUUGUACGUCUGUACGAAAGAGAAAACCCUGACACGUACAAGGAGCUGCGCAAGCUGGAACUGGAUUAUGAGACCAAGCGUGGCCAACUAUCUCUCUACUUUGACUCUGUGAAGAAUGCCGAAUCAGUGGAGGUUGAUAGCAUCCCACUGCCUGAGAUGCCUCAUGCUCCCUCCAGUAUUCUCAUCCAAGACAUUCCCCUCCCUGGGGCCCAGCCUCCCUCCAUUCUAAAGAAAGGCACAACUUUUGGGAAAGGUACCACGACGACGACGCCAGCCCCCACAUCGGCUGCUGUGGCAGGGGUCCCCCGGCUCCCUCCGGGCAGGAAGCCUCCCGGUCCCCCUCCUGGACCUCCUCCUCCACAGGUCCUGCUGCAGUACGGGCGCAGAGGCCAGCAGCACAGGAGGCCUGGAGACGCAGAUGCUGGUGACGCCUUGUCAGACACUGAAGCCAUGGACACCACAGGGGGCCGGGACAGUGGCAGCGAGAGUGACCACGACGGGGAUGACCGAGAGGACGACGAUGAGAGCGACAGCGAGGAUGAUAGUGACAUGGACAGAGAGGAAGGCGACGAAGACAGAAGGAAGAGGGAGCGGCUUGACGACAGAGAUCAAGACAGAGAUGAGGACAGAGACCGAGGACGCAUUGUACGCUUUGCAGACAUGCCUUCUCCUCCCAGGGAGAGGAGGAAGAAGAAGAGACUGGUGAAGAAGACUAAGGCCAUCACACCACUGCAGGCUAUGAUGCUCAGGAUGGCAGGUCAGUCUGUCCCAGAAGAUGAGGAGGAGGAAGAAGAGGAAGAGGAGUACACCGAUUCUGAUGGCUCUGACACUGAAGAUAGAUCGGCACCUGGCGAUAGCCAGCCUGGUGUUCCCAGAAUGCCAACUGCCCCCGCACCAAUGGGGGCCCAGCAGCCUCCUCCACACAUGCAGGCUCCACCAAUGGCAGGGCCUCCUCCGCUAGGACCACCACCAGCUCCACCAAUGAGACCCCCGGGACCACCUUCUGGUCCGCCUCCUGGGCCACCACCAGGUGCGCCGCCAUUCCUAAGACCCCCGGGUAUACCAGGUGCCCUGAGAGGGCCGAUGCCUCGUAUGCUUCCACCAGGACCUCCCCCUGGUCGUCCACCAGGUCCCCCUCCAGGUCCUCCUCCAGGUCUACCCCCUGGCCCUCCACCCAGAGGACCCCCGCCCAGGCUACCCCCACCUGCACCACCAGGUAUACCGCCUCCUCCACCUCGUGCCGGACCUCCACGCCCCAUGGCCCCCCCUCUUUCUCUCUUCCCUCCGCCGCUUAACCCCAACGUCCUCAGUGCACCCCCCAGCAUUGUGCACCGACAGAAGCCUGCCUCUGGUGCAGCAGAGGGCGCUCAGAACAACCCCAACGCUCCAUCCAUGAUGCCACCGCCUCCAAUGCCCAUGCGCCCCGGUGUCAUGCAGAUGCCUCCUCCUCCGGGCACCACUGCCCCACAGGCCAGUGCCACCCAGGGCAACCCUCCCACUCACCACCAUGCGCCCACCAUCGAGAAGCGCGCCAACAUCACCUCGGUGUCAGGGGCCGCAGGGGCUGGACAGCCGGGCGCACCUGGUGGAGCAACGAUCUCUGCCAAGCCCCAGAUCAUCAAUCCCAAGACGGAGGUCACCCGCUUUGUGCCCACUACACUGCGUGUCCGAAGGGACAAGGCGUCGACUGGCGGGGUGGUGGAGAAAGGUGGCCGUAAGGGAGACGAGCUGGGUGGAGGCCCAGGGCAGAAACAGCAGGCCAUGACUGCACCAACAUUGUCAGCCAACAUCAACCAGCCCUCGGUCAACCCACCCAACAUGAAGACCAAGGAUCAAAUGUACGAGGCCUUCAUGAAGGAGAUGGAGGGGCUCCUGUGAAACUGAGGAAGAGAGCAUGAAGCUAAGAGCAAUUAGGACUGAGAGUGGAGAAAUUAUUUGAUUUUCAUGUCAAAUAUGUGAAGUGAGUGUUUUUAGACUGAAACAGUGUUUGAGUCUUAUUUCGGCCCUUUAAAUUGUCACAGUCCUUGUGUAAAUCUUUUUUAUAUUGUGUUUCAGUUUGAUUGAUAAAGGAUGUGGGAGUUCAAGUCAGUGGGGCAAUAUGGCCUUAGGAUGUAGGUGUUAUACAACAAAUCUGCUUACAAUGUGUCUGAAGUUGCUAAACCUGAUGUUGAAUAAAUACUUGAAACCCCA